AUGAUAGCAUCGAACGCCGCUGCUACGGUCGACGUAGCUGCUGUGAUGCUGGUGGAAGAAGAGAACGAGCUAGAGGCGAAGAUGAAGAAGAUGAGGGAAAUGCAAGUUGGUAAGAGCAGAUGUUUGGUGUUCUGUGUAGGGGAAGCCAUCUAUGUUGUUCGAACCAUGGGCGUUUCUGUUCUCUCUUUUUUGUUUUGUUUGGCUUUACUAUUUGCAUGGGCUCGCUCAAGAAGUGUCCCAUUAGAUGAAUCUUCAGGGACUAUUUUUGAUGUCAUGAAUUUUGGAGCAGUUGGAGAUGGCAACACCGAUGACUCAAGGGCAUUCUUGAAAGCAUGGAAUGAGGUUUGCAAAUGUACUGCACCUUCCACCUUGACAAUUCUAGACAAGACCUUCCUGUUGAAGCCAUUAAAAUUUCAAGGUCCAUGCAAAACAGAUAAAAUUACUGUCAUGAUUUCAGGAAAGCUAACAGCUCCAAGUGAUAUAUCAGAAUGGAAAGAUUCUGAUACAGAUAACUGGAUUAGGUUUAGUUCCAUUAAUGGACUAACAAUCACUGGAUCAGGACCUGCCCAGUUAGAUGGACGGGGUUCUUCCUGUUAUUUGACUCAAAAGUUCUUUUGUUUCCUUGUGCAGAAGUGCUCCAGUCUGCCCAAUACAUUGUUUUUAGACAAUAUAAUUGGUCUAAGUGUGACUGGUUUGAAAUUCAUUGACAGUCCAAGCAUGCAUUUUGUGAUUCAAGACUCUAGUUGGGUUUAUGUUUCACAAUUGUAUAUUGUAGCACCUGGGGAUAGUCCAAACACAGAUGGUAUACAUAUAACUAGUAGUGAACAUGUUCAGAUCACAGACUCAGUCAUAGGAACUGGAGAUGACUGUAUUUCAAUCGAAACCGGAACCAGGGACCUAAAUGUUAGUCGAAUUAAAUGCGGCCCGGGACAUGGAAUAAGUAUUGGAAGCUUAGGGGAUCCAGGUGAGUACUCAAAAGCUUUAGUUGAAGAGAUUCAUGUCUCCAAUUGUGAGUUUAUUGGGACAAUGAAUGGGGCAAGGAUAAAGACAUGGCAGGGUGGAUCAGGUUUUGCUAGAGAGAUCACAUUUGAGAACUGUACUAUGUCUUCGGUUGAUAAUCCUAUUGUCAUUGAUCAGUACUACUGUAAUGGUAAAACUGAUUGCAAGAACCAAACAUCGGCUGUUGAAGUAAGCAAAGUUUUGUUCAGAGGGAUAAAAGGGAAUUCCACAAGAGAAGUCGCCAUUGAGCUUGCAUGUAGUGAGACUGUUCCUUGCACAGACAUCUAUUUGAAGGAUAUUGAUUUGAGAAGAACUGACCGCAGAUACAAGACAACUUCUUAUUGUGAUUGUGUACAUGGAAACGCAAUUUCUGUUGUACCAUUUGUACAAUGCCUAGCAAAGUGA